GUGUAUUCACUGCAUUUUUUGAAGUAACAUUUGUAUGGAAACCUUCUUGGAAUCUCAACAUAAUAUAAAUUCAUAUUUUCAACCUUUUUUCGACGUGUUCGCAGCGUGCGCUUUUUUUAAAACUGUGUCUGUAUGCCAUAAUGCCAAGUCACGCUCGUUGCGCUGUCGGCUAUUGCGACAACGAUAAACGUUAUCCAGAUUUAUAUGUGAAGCGAUCUCAUGUGGAAAAUCUAUGUUUUCACAAAUGGCCAAAGGACGAGACCACUGCUGAACUUUGGCGUAAGCAGGUUUUAAAAAGCAGACAGGACGAUUUUAAUCCAAAACCAGGUGCGUCAGGAACGUUUGUUUGUUCAAACCACUUUCCCUUGGGCAAGCGAACCCCAAAUAAUCCAAAAACGGACUUUCCAUCAGUAUUCCUUAACCUUUCCGACUACAAAACUCAAUCAUCACCAAAGAAACGCAGAAGGAUAAACAUCAGUACGUCUGAGGAACCUGGUGAGGAUACUGAGAUGCAGCAACUUGAACAGCAUUCAGGUCCUGAAUCGUCAGACACUAUUGAUUCUGACUUUGAACCACCUUCACUUAUGGUCCCACUGCGGUUUGAACAGCUCACCAGGGAGUGUGAUGUCAAGUUUUAUACGGGGAUCCCUUCAACUGAAGCAUUCCAUUGCAUAUUUGAACAUCUGUCUCCAAAAGCAUUGCAUAUGCAAUACUGGAGAGGUACGCAACAGACACAGAGGGAAUCUAGACCAGUAUCUCCAUUUGAGGAAUAUGCUUCCUCAGUGGGUGUUGAAAGUAGACGUGGUCCACCAAGAAAGCUUAGAUUGGAGGAAGAGUUUUUAUUGACAUUAAGGAAACUUAGACUUGCUCUGAUGAACCUGGAUUUGGCAUUUAGGUUUAAAAUUUCAGAUGGUUCUGUCAGCAGUAUAUUUAUCACUUGGAUAAAGUUGAUGUCAAAAGAGCUGGCAGUACUGAUUAUUUGGCCUACCCGUGCUCAAAUAAAAGAAAAUCUCCCAAAGUGUUUCAAAGCACUUUAUCCAAAGGUGAGAUGUAUCAUCGAUUGCUUUGAGUGCUUUACCAACACACCUAGUGGGUUAGAUUUAGCAGCAACUAUGUGGAGUGAAUAUAAGCACCACUAUACCUACAAGGUUUUAGUCGCUAUCACUCCUAAUGGUGCCAUUUCGUAUGUGUCCCCAGCAUAUGGUGGCAGAGCAACUGAUGUUUUCAUUGUUCGUGAUUCUGGAUUUCUCAACCUUGUUGAGCCUUUUGAUGAGAUUAUGGCAGACAGAGGGUUUAAGAUCAGGGAAGAACUAAUGAUGCAUAUGGCUACAUUAUGUAUCCCACCUAGCAAAGCAAAGUCCAUGCAGAUGUUACCAUCCGAUGUUAGAAAAACAUCUAAUAUUGCUAAUGUCAGGAUUUAUGUGGAGCAGGCUAUAGGUAGGAUGAAAGUUUUUCAUAUUCUCAAAAAUGAACUACCAAUUUCAAUGGUCCCACUUGCUGAUGAUAUUGUUCGUGUUUGUGGUGCUUUAUGCAACCUUCUGCCUCCAUUGUGUGUGUGA